AUUGUGACCAAUGCUCAGUUUACUGCAGUACCGAAGCAAUCCAGCAGGAGCGCUGUCCGUCAAGUAUUUAACAUAGAAGAAGAAAAGCGAUACGUCAUGGCGGCUGACAGUUUACGAUGAUUUAACGAAAACAGUAAAGACUCGUGCAAGUUGGAUUUAAAGCGUUUAAACCGGACGCAGGAAUAAUAAAACUCCACCGACAAAAUGCUAAUAACUUUGAAGACCUUACAGCAGCAGACUUUCAAAAUCGACAUCGAUGAAGAGGAGACGGUGAGGACAUUGAAAGAGAGGAUUGAGCAGGAAAAGGGGAAGGAAAUCUUUUCAGUUGCCGGACAGAAACUGAUUUAUGCUGGAAAAAUCCUCAGCGAUGACUCACCGCUCAAAGAAUACAAAAUCGACGAGAAGAACUUUGUGGUCGUCAUGGUGACAAAGCCUAAAAAAGCCCCCGCUGCCUCACAGCGUUCAACAGCAGUGCCUGCUCCCAGCACUACAGCUCCAGCUGCACAGUCUGAUUCAUCAUCCACUUCAGACAAACCAGCAGAGCAAUCUUCUACAGACGACAAACCAGAGGAGAGCCAGCCUUCAACAACUGAAGCAUCUUCCACUUCUGUCGGACGCUCUGGAGAUUCAACAAACUUAAUCAGUGAAGCAGUUUCAAAUCUAGGCUCUCCUCACAUCAUGCUCGGAGAUGACGAGCACGUUUCCGGUGCUGCCAGUAUCACUCCUGCCAGCAACUGUUACACUGCUGCUGACUCACAGUUGGAGAUCAGCAGCCACCAAGAGCAGUUCAUUCAGAUGUUAAAUGAACCCGUCCCAGAGCCAGUGCCAGGAGGUGGCAGCAGUGGAGGAGGAGGAGGAGGAGUAGGAGGAGGUGGCGGCGGCGGCGGCGGCGGAAAUCAAAUGAACUAUAUCCAGGUCACACCACAGGAGAAGGAGGCCAUUGAGAGGCUAAAAGCCUUAGGAUUUCCAGAGGGACUUGUUAUACAAGCCUACUUUGCUUGUGAGAAGAAUGAGAACUUGGCUGCCAACUUCCUUUUACAACAGAACUUUGAUGAGGAUUAAACAAGCCAUCUUCAUACCACUUUCUCUAUGUUUUGAUUGCAGAUUUUUUUGAUAAAUGUGCACAAUAAGCCUUUUAGUUUCCAAAAAAACUAUUUUAUUCACCACUUCCACGUUCUACUUUCUUUGUAACACUGGAUCUUUAUCAGCUGGUGGCUGCUGUACGAGGGGAGGAUUUUGUUUGUUAUUGGUUAAAAAUGAAGUAAAAAUUAAAUUACAAUAAUUUUGCAUCAGAAAUAAUCUGUUUAUUAUUUGUUAUACUUAAGACCAGUAUGUUUUAUGUUAAGUUUUUUUUCUGUUAUGUGAGAUGAGUUCUGGGUUCAUCUGAAAGGUUCUGACAGUAUUCAUGCACUCUUAUUUGAUUUUUGGAGUUGACUUAAAAUGGAGAUUUGAAAAAUUAAAGUGUUCAACACAAGCAA